ACUUCAUUCAUUCACUCAUUUUGUGUGUCAAAAAGCGGUACAAAAUGUGAAAUAUUUUCCUUAAAUUUAUAAUUAUAUCAAUUUAUCUAAACGAUUAGGCAACUAAUUGGUACAGAUUUGAUUGCAGAUUAUUUAUUAUAAAGUGGGAAAAAACAUUCGUCAAAAUGCCUAGAAUUAUGAUAAAAGGAGGUGUUUGGCGGAACACGGAGGAUGAGAUCCUCAAGGCGGCGGUGAUGAAAUAUGGCAAGAACCAAUGGUCUCGUAUUGCCUCACUGCUGCAUAGGAAGUCUGCUAAACAGUGCAAGGCUCGGUGGUAUGAGUGGCUGGACCCGAGCAUCAAGAAGACGGAAUGGUCCCGAGAAGAAGAUGAGAAGCUCCUCCACUUGGCUAAACUCAUGCCGACGCAGUGGCGGACCAUCGCCCCCAUCAUUGGACGCACGGCUGCGCAGUGCUUGGAAAGAUAUGAAUAUCUACUGGACCAAGCACAGAAGAAGGAAGAAGGAGAAGACAUGGGGGAUGACCCUCGCAAGCUGAAGCCGGGAGAAAUAGACCCCAACCCAGAGACCAAACCCGCCCGCCCUGACCCUAAGGACAUGGACGAGGAUGAGCUGGAGAUGCUAUCGGAAGCUCGCGCCCGUCUCGCCAACACGCAAGGCAAGAAGGCCAAGCGCAAGGCUCGCGAGAAGCAGCUGGAGGAAGCCAGGAGACUGGCUGCGUUGCAGAAGAGACGCGAGCUGAGUGCUGCCGGCAUCGCUGUGCCUAUCAGGCGUAAGAAGAAGCGCGGCGUGGACUACAACUCUGAAAUACCCUUCGAGAAGCGCCCGGCGGCCGGGUUCUUCGACACGAGCACGGAGGUCGUCGACCCCAUGGCGCCGGACUUCUCGCGGCUACGGCAGCAGCAUCUGGAUGGGGAGCUGCACUCGGAGAAGGAGGAGAGAGACCGCCGCAAAGACAAGAGCAAGCUAAAACAGCGCAAAGAGAACGACGUGCCACAAGCCAUGUUGCAGGGAGACCAGCCCGCCAGGAAGCGCAGCAAGCUGGUGCUGCCCGAGCCACAAGUGUCCGACCAGGAGCUCCAACAAGUGGUCAAGCUAGGCCGAGCGUCGCAGGCGGCCCGCGCGGCCGUGUCCGAGGACGCGCUCGUCACCGACUACUCGCUGAGCACGCCCGCGGCCACGCCCACGCCCAGUGUGCAGCAUGACAGGAUCCUAAUGGAGGCUCAGAACGUGAUGGCUCUAACCCACGUGGACACGCCGCUGAAGGGCGGCGCGAACACGGCGCUCGCUCAGACGGACUUCUCCGGGGCUCUGCCUCAGUCACAGGCGCUGGCCACGCCCAAUACCGUGCUCAAGACUCCCUUCAGGUCAACUCGCACCGACGUGUCGACCCCGGGCAGCUUCAACACUCCGGGACACGGGCCGGCGCAGCCGGGCGGACUCAUUACGCCCGGUCUUCGUGACAAUCUAAACAUAAACCCUGAGGAAGGAAUGAGCGUGGGAGAUACACCGCAACAAGCACAUCAGUUUAAUAAACAGCUAAAAGCCUCAGUCCGAAGCGCCCUAUCCUCGCUCCCGGCGCCCCGCAACGACUACGAGAUUGUGGUCCCGGCGGCGGCGGACGAGGGCAUUGACCCCGCGCCGCGCGCGCCCCGCGAGGACCAGGCCGACCGGGACGCAAGGGCUGAGGUGGAGGAGAUGACUAGACGCGCGGCCGAACUAGCCCUCCGCUCCCAAGCCAUACAGCGCAACUUAGCCCGCCCGACCUCAGUCAACAGCCUGGUCCUUCGAGCCCGCUCCGCCGGGGCCGCGCUGACGCCACUACAGCGCGCCGAGGAGCUGCUCAAGGCGGAGAUGUGCGCCAUGUUGCACUACGACAACCUGCACGACCCCAGCCCAGACAUAGACAAGAAGCGUCUAGUCCAGCUCCAAGCGUCUCACCUCGCCUACCUAGAACAACAUCCAUACGAGGAGUUCACAGCUGAAGAACUGGCGGCCGCCAAGCUCGAGCUUCAGAAGGAGAUGGAAGUGGUGAAGGCGGGGAUGGGACAUGGAGAGCUCAGUAUGGAUGCGUAUACUCAAGUGUGGGAGGAGUGUCUGGCGCAGGUUCUAUUCUUACCGGGACAAAACAGAUAUACGCGAGCAAACCUCGCGAGUAAGAAGGACCGUCUAGAAUCUGCUGAGAAAAGACUGGAACAGAACAGAAAUCAUAUGUCCAAAGAGGCCAAAAAGUGUUCUAAGAUGGAGAAAAAACUGAGGGUUUUAACAGGUGGUUACCAGAGCCGAGCGGCGGCGUUAGUGAAGCAGUUCCAAGAACUACAGGACCAGAUCGAGCAGGCCAACCUCGAGCUCUCCACCUUCCGGUUCCUGGCUGAACAGGAGAAACACGCGAUACCGCGGAGGAUUGAGUCGCUAACAGAAGACGUGACCCGUCAGACGGAGCGCGAGCGCGCGCUGCAGAAGCGCUACGCCGAGCUACAGACGCAACUAGAAGACUUGCAGAAGAGCAACGGCACCGCCGAGCCCAUGGAUGUAGACAUGAGGAGCAAAGUUGAUGUCAAGGAAUAGACUGUUAUGUCAUACCAAGCAAGCAUUUCUAAUUUGUAGUGAAACGUUUAUUAUUUACUGAAGACCUGCUGUAGAAAAACAACGGAUCCGCCGAGCCCAUGGAUGUAGACAUGAGGACGAAGGUUGAUGUCAAGGAGUAGAGAUGAUGAAGUGGUAUAGCUAAGCAAUUAUAUUUUGUAGUGAAACGUUCAGGCGCUGAGCGUGCAAGAAAAUUCCAUUCCCGGUUGUUGAUAUCGGCGGAGAAUCACUGUUUCAUCUGAAUAGGGCACUUGUAUUAGAUAGAAGUUAAAUAGCAGAAUUGUUAAUGAAAAUAUAUAUAGCGGCCAAAAUGUAUAAAUUACAACUUCGUAUUGCUUACUUGUACAUCAUACUACAAAAUAAUACACGCUUAUAUUCAUGUUAAAUUCAGGAUUUCAUUAAGUAUUUGAAAUGUCGUGACAAGAAAUAAAUAUAUCGUACAUACUUGAA